UGUAGCGUUCAGCCAUGAGAUAGCCAUAGUACUCGCGAGUCCAGUUCGGGGGACAAGUGUAUCUUCCUGGGAUCAUGAGGACUUCACAUGCCAGCCACACAAGACGUGGGGUUCUUCGGUACUGGUAAGCCACCCUCGCUGCAACCCUUGCCACGGUCAUGGGUCAAUAGUCUCCACGGCUACCAGCUGCCCCCAUUGACCACCUGCGACUUUACCACUCUCUCGAUGACAUCGUUUCACGUGGAGCGCUCUCUCUCUGCCUCAUCUAUAACCAGGCCCCAAGGUACUCUUACCCCUACUGUGCUGGAUGUGUGUUUGAAGUAGAGAAGAAAGUGCCGCUGUCCACGAGUCCUGGCAGGACACUAACAAUACUCACCUGCUGACUCAUCAGGCUGCUGUAGAGAGCGAGGUGGUAUUGAAACGAUUGGAGAAGUCGUACCCACAUGGUGGUGACUCAGAAGCUGCUUCUGCUGCUGUCUUUCUACCAGUGGUCCCAGCUACUGACCCUCACACUGAUGAGAAGGCAGUUGCUGAAAUAGAUUUACCAGAGGUCCUGCUUCAACCACUGCUCAAGACUGGAGAUGGUUCCAUUUCUGCUAUCGUCAGUGGUCAGCGGUCAGCCAUCCUCCCUACUCAUCAAGGAUGCUACAGAAUGAAGGGGUGUGGAUGUUACCUGGACAAGGACGGCAGCAGAAUCUCUUUCCCAGCUUUCCCAGUCCAACAAAUGGAGGGUGCGGAGGGCAAGUGGGAGGUGAGGGGCUGCUGUUUCAAACACACGGCUCACAACGAACAGCACAUGUGUGAUGUCAUAGCCUCGGUUCUGGAGAAGGAGGGGAUGGUUGUAGGGAACAGAUCUCUCUGCCUUUGGCGCUACUCUAUUCCUGGAGAGCCUGUGGAUGUGGUUCCAAAAUACUGUGGAGUGUUUGAGACUCUCGGAGAGCGUCGACUUUCCUCUGACCUUCUCCCCGGUCUCUCCUCCCUCCUCCCUCACCUCCUCCCCUCCCUCUCCCUCUCCUCCAUCCUCGCUCUCUUUCCCCCUGACCGGGUCUCACACACUGCCAAUGGCCAGCCCUCAAUACUACCAACCUGGUCAGCCUGUUGCACUGGAGGACAACAUAAGAAGAAGGAGCCCGUCAACCUGUGUCACACCCCUCUUCAAGAAACUCCACCCACCUUCACCCCAGAGGGUCUGUCAACUGGACUCCUUGGGGAAUGGUGUCGUACAGUCUAUGGUAUGAAAGACCUCCUCCCUCUGAGUCAGGAACUACUGUGCACCCAUGGCUCUGUGCUGGCCGCAUUGUACUGGAGACUUGGCUGGGAAGUGGGCGUGGUUUCCUCUACCCUGGCAACCAAUGGGAUAAACUGGGGCUACUUCUUUGACCACAAUCCCUUUGAGCCCCACUGCAACCAGCACCCCAACAACUUUGUCAUCCUACCUCCUGGACACGAGAACCUCCUUGCCCCGGUGGACUUUGACCUGGCAUUCACAGCCGACAGAUUCGUAUCUCCCUACACCGGGACCAACGACCAGUCUCUGUUCCAGUCGUGGCUGGACUCGGGACUGACUGAGAUGGAGAGGGCACUGGGAGGAGAGGCUGUCAACACUGGAGUGCUCACCAGUGCAAAGGCAGACCUGUCGCCAAGCCACUCAGCGUUGGAGUGGGGUCUAAGGGACACACUGGUGUGUGGCUACCGUGAAGCUGUGUCCACUCCAUCCCGUCAAGCUCCUCCUCCUCUUCCCCCCUCCCUCCGGAAGACCAUGGACAGUCUCAUCAGACUUGCUCUCAUUGUGUCCUCGAGGCCCUAGAGCAAUAUUUUAUGUGCACACAUCACAAAACUACUAGUGUUUGCGAUGCUUAUUGACAUGAGAUUAAUUUUUAUUUUGCUUUGGUGAAUAAAUAAUAGUUUCAUGAGAAUAAUUAUUCAUGCCUGAAUACAGCACAUUUAAGAUUUGAG